GGAUACCGUGUCAGAUGGGAGCAAGUGUCUGCAUCGAUGCAUAGGGUAGAUGCUGCAGGAAUCCUAGAAAGGAUGGCAUCUGUCGGCUGUGUUGCAAGAAGAGUGUACUCUGUAAAAGGUCCCCUCUCAUUGGUUCAUGUAGAUACAAACCACAAACUCAUCAGAUAUGGCAUAGUUAUAUUUGCUGGGAUUGAUGGCUAUUCGCGAAAGAUGAUGUACCUUGGUGCUGGAAAUAAUAACAAGGCAUCAACUGCAUUAGGCUUCUUUAUGAGCUCUGUUGAACAGUUUGGCUUUCCUUUAAGAGUUAGAGGAGACCAGGGUGUCGAAAAUGUUGGCAUUGCUCAUUGCAUGUUUACUGUUCGUGGUUGUGGCAGAGCAAUCUACAUUUCAGGAAAAAGUGUUCACAAUCAAAGAGUUGAGCGCUUGUGGCGUGAUGUCUGGAUGGCUGUAACCAGUGUUUAUUAUGAGCUACUUCACAACCUUGAGGAAGACUGCCUGCUUGACCCCUCCAACAGCCUCCACCUGUUCUGUGCUCAGUACAUCUUUGUGGAACGUCUGCAAAAGGACCUUGACACUUUCAAGAAUGGGUGGGAUAAUCAUGCCCUGCGAACAGAACAAAGUCUUACGCCUAAUCAACUUUGGACUAUAGGACUUCUUCAAAAUCCUGUGGCUGCACCAGAAAACACUGAGUAUAUUUUCAGGACAUUCAAGAACAUUUCUCUUUGGACCUUGACUGUUCGAGACCAGAAAGUGGUGGUGGAGUAGUUCUUCCACCAAUACAGUGUCCUUUGGGGCCUGAGGCGAUGGCAGGACUGAGGGCAGCCAUUCAUCCUCUUAGUCCCUCCUUUGACAACGGAAGAGACCUUUAUGAGAGAGUGCUGAACUACAUCAGAGUUCAUUCAGUAACACAACAGAACCCACUCAGUUAGCCUUUCUCAUAGGAUUUAACCACAUUAUUUGUAUUGUAAUGACAGAAUAGCAAAUCAAUCAAUCUUAAGAUGUAAUUUCAGAUUAUUUGAUGAAUGUAUCUUUUUUAAUUGCAUCAAAUACUGUUGUUACCUUUUAUAACGUAAUGUUUAAAGUAGCCACAUUCAGUUAAGCAUCUCAUGUCUGAUGUUUUUGUAACUGGGUUGAUUAAAUUUGUUUAACAUGUCAUGU